AUGCACAUUAAAAAAUCAAGCAAACUACAGGAUGAGCAAUCGAAAGAAGUCAUCUUCAUCGCAGAUGCGAUCCGACAGCAUCACUUCAAUGAAAAUGAGAUCCGACACCAUCACCUCAAAGUACAUGCGAUCCAACACCCUCACUUCGCAGAUAUCCAGAGGGGAACUGGAGCUGGUAAAGGAGAGCAACAAGAUGGGUACCCGAUAGCAUUCGGUUUUAUGUGUGUUGGAUGUUUUGUGUUGUUUCCAGCAGCGAUCUCAAUACAGUCACAAACGUUUAGUGAAUAUUUGAUACGAGGACUCGGCAUUCAAAUCUGUGACCCGACUCAUGCUUAUAUUGCAAAAAAAUUAAUUGCGUUCGCUUUGAUUUGGCUGUUAAUGUUCGUCAACUUCUUCUCACUCAAAACAUUCGUAUCCCGAUUCCAAAUCGCAGCCACUAUCUCCAAGAUAUUGAUCACUAUGGUGGUGAUCAUCGUCGGAUUCUAUUAUCUCUUCUUUAAAGGUCAUAGCAGUAACAAUUUGAUCUUUUCUCAAAAUCGCUCUAACGAUAAGACAUCUUUCCGUGAAACCGACAAUCUGUCACACCCCUUCGAAGGAGCCGCGUCAAAAGUCUCCGUGGUUGUACCAGCAAUAUUUCAAGCAUUCUAUUCUUUUGAUGGAUGGGAUGUGCUCAAUUACGGAGUCGAAGAAAUUGAAAAGCCUAGAAGAACGAUGCCCGUCGCGAUCUUCUUCGGUCUAGUUGGAGCGACAGUCAUAUAUCUCGCAAUGAAUCUGUCGUUUUUCGUCGUUCUCGACAAAUACGAACUCAUUUCGUCCGUUACAGUCGCUACGACGUUUGGCCAGCAAACACUCGGUCGUUUCCAGUACGCGAUCCCCUUCUUGAUCUGUAUUGUUUUGAUUGGCUCUGUGAACGGUUCUAUCUUCUCUGCUAGUCGGUAUUUGUAUGCUGCUGCCCGUCAAGGGCAUUUACCGAAUUUCAUUCGUUGUACGAAUUAUGAAAAUGAUAGUCCACGUGCGGCGUUAAUCGUUUGUAUUCUCUUAUCGAUGGCGAUGUCGUUCGCAGGUGACAUUGAUAUGUUGAUAGAUGUGGCUAGUUUUGCACAAGCGCUACAACGUGUAUGCACUAUGUACGUGCUGUUGUGGAUUCGUGUCAGGCACAUACCUGUUCAUGCGGAAGCCGUUCGAUAUCCAAUCGUCCUACCCAUUCUCUUCGCUAUCCUCUGUUUCGGACUGAUCGUCGUUCAAACCACCAAAAAAUGGUUGGAAUGUUGUAUCGCAUUUGCGGCGUUUUUCGGUGGAGUGAUUAUCUUCUUGAUAUUCAUCUAUCAAAAAUCGCUACCUUCAAUCAAACUUUACCAACGUGUCACCAAAACAACCAAUGACAUAUUGACAAAAUUCGCUCAAAUUAUGCUCAACGUACUACCAGAAACAUGCAAGCAAGAAGAGUGUAUUGUGAAUAAAAGAGCUUCAUGUUCAUAUCCAGCUGAUAGCACUGAUAAGCAGAAGAUUGAUGAUAAGAGUGCAUGCACCGACACUGAAAAGCGAUCGUCGAUUGCCAUCGUUUACGCGCCCCACUUGCAACCCGACGACAAGCAUAAUACUAGUUUAAUUGAACGAUUUAAACACACAAUAAACAGUGCUCCUCAUCAAUCCUCAAAAAUAUCCGAUUCAAAUCCGAAUAAAACCAAAAAUCACUUCAACUGA